AUGCCUACACACAGUGCUCUGCAACUAGAAGUGCCAAAGGCUGCGAACAAUGGCACGCCGUCGUUCCUCGCCGACAAGUCGGCGAAAGUCUUCCUCGCCGGCCACAAAGGUAUGCUGGGCUCGGCCAUCCACCGUCGCCUGGCCGCGCUAGGCUUCACCAACAUCGUCGGCCGCACCCGCGCCGAGCUUGACCUCACGUGCGAGCCCGCCGUCCAAAAGUUCUUCGACGCGGAGCAGCCCCGGUACGUGAUCCUCGCCGCGGGCAAGGUGGGCGGCCUCCACGCCAGCUCCGCUGCGCCGGCCGACUUCAUGACCGAGAACCUGCGCAUCACCCUGAACGUCCUCACCGCCGCGCGCCGCUGCGGCACCGUGCGCAAGCUUCUCUUCCUCGCCACCUCCGCCGUCUACCCCGUCGACGCCCCCCAGCCGAUACCGGAGUCCACGCUCCUCACCGGCCCUCCGGCGCCGGGAAACGAGUGGUAUGCCAUCCCCAAGAUCGUGGGCAUCAAGAUGUGCCAGGCCUACCGCGCCGAGCUCGGCAUGGACGCGAUCGUGGCGACGCCCAAUAACCUGUACGGCCCGCGGGACCCGUUCCCGUCGGAGAGCUCCCACGUCAUCCCGGCGCUCAUCCGCCGGUUCCACGACGCCAAGGCCAGCGGCGCCCCCGAGGUCGUCGUGUGGGGCUCCGGCCUCCAGCUGCGCGAGUUCACGCACGCCGACGACGCCGCGGACGCCGUCGUGCUGCUGAUGGAGACGUACUCCGGGCCGGAGCACGUCAACGUCGGGAGCGGGCGAGAGGUGACGGUGCGCGAGCUCGCGGAGACGGUGAGGGAGGUGGUCGGGUACGAGGGGCGGGUCGUCUGGGACACGAGCCGGCCCGACGGCGUGAUGAGGCGGCUGCUGGAUAGCUCCAAGAUGGCGGCGCUGGGGUGGGAACCCAAGGUCGAGCUGCGGGAUGGGCUCAAGAAGCUGUACGAGUGGUACCUGCAUGGCCGCGCCCCAGAUUUCGAAGCAUGA